GUUUGCAGGCAACUUACUUAGUCUUACCAAUACCAUCACUCUUCUAUAAGUGCUUCUCCCAAACAAACAUUUUUUAAAGACACCUUCCUUAACAACCACUCACUACUCAAAGGGAGAAAAAAUGAGCUUCAACAAACCUCAACAAACAGCCUAAAAAGAAACUCAAUUGAGAGCGAGAGAUCAUAAAUCAAUGGAAGAGUGUCACACGGUGUUUGGGAAGUACGAAAUGGGGAGGCUCCUAGGGAAGGGGACGUUUGCCAAAGUGUAUUACGGAAAGGAAAUAAGCACGGGCGAGAGCGUGGCGAUUAAGGUAAUAAACAAAGAACAAGUGAAGAAAGAAGGGAUGAUGGAGCAAAUCAAACGCGAGAUAUCAGUUAUGCGUUUGGUGAGACACCCAAACAUAGUGGAACUAAAGGAAGUCAUGGCCACCAAGACUAAAAUCUUCUUCGUAAUGGAGUACGUGCGUGGCGGCGAACUCUUCGCCAAAAUUUCCAAAGGCAAACUCAAAGAAGAUCUCGCCCGUAAAUAUUUCCACCAACUAAUCAGCGCCGUUGAUUACUGCCACAGCAGAGGAGUUUCCCACCGCGACCUCAAGCCAGAAAAUCUCCUCCUCGACGACAACGAAAACCUCAAAAUCUCCGACUUCGGCCUCUCCGCCCUGCCCGAACAGCUUCGCUACGAUGGACUCCUCCACACCCAGUGCGGCACCCCUGCUUACGUGGCACCCGAAAUUCUCAGAAAAAAAGGCUACGACGGUUCCAAAGCAGAUAUUUGGUCAUGCGGCGUCGUUUUGUACGUUUUGCUCGCUGGCUUUCUUCCUUUUCAAGACGAGAAUCUCAUGACUAUGUAUAAUAAAGUUCUCAGAGCCGAAUUUCAGUUCCCACCGUGGUUUUCAUCUGAAUCGAGGAGAUUGAUCUCCAAGAUUCUAGUCGCCGACCCGGCCAAACGAACCACGAUUCCCGCUAUAAUGCGCGUGUCAUGGUUUCGGAAAGGUUUUUCCGUUACGGACACGUGUCAGUUAGAAGAGAAGGUUACGGAGGACGGCUCUAGAACUGCGACGAGCAAGGUUUCGUCGUCGCCCAAGUUCUUCAACGCGUUUGAGUUCAUCUCGUCCAUGUCUUCGGGGUUCGAUCUAUCGGGUCUGUUCGAGAGCAAGAGGAAGACGGGGUCGGUCUUCACGUCGAAGUGUUCGGCGCCGGCGAUUGUGUCCAAGAUUGAGACGGCGGCGAAGGGGUUGAGUUUCAGGGUGGCGGAGGUGAAGGAUUUCAAGAUUAAGUUGCAAGGCGCCACGGAGGGAAGGAAGGGGAGGCUGUUGGUGACGGCGGAGGUGUUCGAGGUGGCGCCAGAAGUCGCCGUCGUUGAGUUCUCGAAGUCCGCCGGCGACACCUUGGAAUAUGCUAAGUUCUGCGAAGAAGACGUGAGACCUGCGCUGAAAGACAUUGUGUGGACGUGGCAAGGUGAUGCCACGUGUAGCGCUAACGUCCCCGGCUGUCACGGUGACGAGUUUCAAAAGCAAGCGAUUACUAUUUAAUCAGUGAUUAAUGAAUGUGCGUGGCAGAGGGUUAUAGAAGCGGUAAAGUUCUAACAAAGUUUCUUCGCCUUGUGUUUGUCAUUAUCGUCUUUAUUCCCUGCCUGAUUUUGAGAAAGAUAGGGUUUACCCUUUUAAGGGAAGGCUGUAAUGUACAUAAAUUGUAAUUAUUGUGGUGCGUUUAAAUCCGGAAUCGAAGUUUU